AUGUAAGUUUCAAUAGAGAUUGCAACUUGGACUCAAAAUAAUCAUGGGCUUUUCGAUUAUGAAUCAUAAGACUUAAAAAUUUCUAAAUUGAUAGUUGAGAACUCUAGUUACUUGAUCCUUAAUUGUAUUUUAUAAUAUUAUUUUGUUAAUAGAAGACACAGUUAGUUUAUCAAAUACUCCAUCUGAAAAAUGUUUGGGUAGAAUAGUCUUUGAGAAUAAAUAGAUCUGUAUAUUUUUAUGAUAAGGUAUAGAUUUUUACAAUAAUUCUGAAUCGAUUGAUUCUUAUGUUAAAUUGGGCUCUCAAUAAAAAUAAAUAAUAUAGGUUGGAGAUUUGUUCAAAUUCGGUAGAAUGUAAAGAACAUAUAAAUGAAUUAGAGAAUACUUUAUUUCAGAACUUAAUAAUGGAGAAUAGGUUUAAAUAGCUAAUGACUAUUAUCAUUUGGAUCGUCACAUAAAAUUAGGAAAAAGUGAAAUAAUAAGACAAUGCAAAAUUUGUUUAGUUGAAGAUUUAGAAGUAGCAGAGGAUCCAAAAGAUCCAUAUCUUACAAAUCUCUGUGGUUGUCAAGGUCAUAUUUCAUAUGUUCAUUAUUAAUGCUUAAAAUCAUGGAUUAAUUAUAGUAACCGCAUAACUUGCAAGCAAACUUAAAACACAGUUUAAUAUCACUGGAAUAAAGCAUUAGAAUGUGAGGUAAUAUUAAAUUUUAUCAAAAAAAAAUAGAUUUGCAGAGUUCCUUUACCUGCCAGAAUUUAUGUUGAAAACUAAACCUAACCACUACAAUUGAUUUAAAUUGAGAGACUCAAUGGACCAUACAUUAUUUUUGAAUAAAUAACCCGUUAGGAGAAUUUAUCAAAAAGCUUAAUAUUUAUGCAUGCAUUUGGAACAAAUAUUAUAUCCAUAGGUAGAGGACAUACUAGUGAAGUUAGAUGUUAGGAUAUAUCAGUAUCUAGAAAUCAUGCUAGAGUUUCAUUUAAUAACAAUUGUUGGUUUAUUUAGGAUUAGGGAAGCAAGUUUGGAACUCUGAGAAUCAUUCCUUAAAAAUUACUUAUUGAUGAUGAAAUAAAAGAAAUAUAAAUAGGUAGAGUGUUAAUGAAAUUGAAAUUAAUAUUCUGA